CAAUUUAUCACUUAUCAGUUGCAGCACGGUUACAGUCUUUUAUCAGUGAUCCUUCCGUGAUGUAAUUCUGAGAGUUUUUACUUUGUCUGAUCAAGAAUAUGUGUAAUAUGUGUUUAAAUAUUUGUGAACUCUACAUUCUGGUACGGGUUUAUCACCUCACAGAUCUAAGUUCCUAAUCGAAUGAAUCCAGUAGCUCACCCCGUAAUUUUAGCUGUUUAUCGCCGUCUCAUCAGAACAUUCAUGAACGCGGCGCGGCGGUAGUGUCAACAUGUGAAGGUUUCGGAACGGCAUAUCAUAAUAUCUUACAUAUUUAAUCGGAAAAUUUUUCCACCGGUGUAAUAUAACUCAUACUUUUUAAUCCCCAUGCAAUGUACGUUAUGUUACUUUAUUUUGAGGUUAUGUCGUCUAUUUCAUCUACUAUCAUUUGAAUGAAAAUUCAUUCUCAGUUUUUACCUGUUUCACCCCGCGUUUAAAUACUUCUCCAACAAAUUACUCAGCUCGUUUACAGCCGAGUUAAGUCAUACCAUUAAAACUGGUUAUUCAUUCUACCCAAGAAUAAUCCAUGACCACAAUAAUUGUGUUGUGUUUUGUUGCUGCUGCGCACAAGUUCACGAGCCAAUUUCUUUGAAGACAGUCAUGGUGUGUAACAAAAUUUCUGAAAUCUUUCCGUCUAGAUGGACCGUACUAGUUUUCCUGUGUUACAUUCUUUUGUUCAUUUGUCAAGAUGAUAAAUGCCUAGAAAACAUUUAGUAUUCUAAUCGCACGUCAUAGCCGCAAGAAAGGCUCAAUUUUCUCUUGAGAAAUUUUGACGACCUCAAUAAGCAUUGAGGUAGAAAAUGAUUUCAGUCCAUGACUUGAGAAUGACCACCACGCAAACCAGGAGGAAAAACGCUUCAGAGCAAAGAUUGAGUCGUGAAAUUUUUUAAUUAAAUCAUUGGAGGUGAAAAUCCUCCUUAAAGCCUAAGUCUAGUGAGAUGGAAACAAAACUUGGAAAAUAUAGAAACGAAAAGAAAAGCGGUUUUAUGCCGAAGAGCCGAGCAACCGUUCGAGAUCAAUUCUCGACAGAGCACAAGUGGUUCAUAUUUUUGUUGUACAUCGUCGUUGGGAUUCUCUUCAAUCAAGGGCUUAUCACAACUGCAUCACAAGAAGCUGACAACAAAUAUAAGUACAAUACAACAUUGGCUGUUCUUUUUACGGAAGUUAUCAAACUUUUCGCAUCAAUCCUCCUUUUCUGGCGAGAAAAUGCUCUAUCUUCACUUUGGACCCAAACAGUUACCCACAAAAAGUUGAUGUGGCUAUACUUUGUACCAUCUCUCCUAUAUUGCCUCUACAACAACUUGUCAUUCAUAAAUUUGUCUGCCUACGAUCCGACUACUUACUUUUUACUCCUGCAGCUCCGAGUAGUCAUCACAGGAGUUGUAUUUCAGGUCCUGUUCAAAAAGCAAUUAAGCUGUGUGCAAUGGAUAUCCCUCAUUGUGUUAACUCUCGGCUGUAUGUUGAAAGAAGUUAAUUUUGAAUCUCUGUCUGAUGAAGUACGCAAGAAGGAAGCCCUGAACAAAGAAACAGGGAUUCACCUCAGUGUACACUUACUUCUCAUCAUUGUGCAAGUUCUAUGCUCAUGUUUUGCGGGAGUAUACAAUGAGUUUUUACUGAAAAAAUCUGGAGCCGAUGUGGAUAUCUAUGUCCAGAAUGUGUUCAUGUAUUUUGAUUCAAUCAUCUGUAAUCUUUUGGUUCUACUUUAUGAAGCAGACUAUGAUUCUGUGUUUUCGGAUGAAGCUAUCCAGGCAAUUUUCCAGUAUAAGGCCCUUUUAGUGAUGGUGAAUAAUGCAGCCAUUGGAAUAGUUACCAGUUUCUUCUUAAGAUUUUUAAAUUCAAUACUCAAAACUUUUGCCUCAGCAUUGGAAUUGGUGUUUAUAGCAAUACUGAGCUGGUUAAUAUUUGAUAUCCCUGUGCGAAUCAACACAGCCUUAUCUAUUCUAGUCGUUAUUACAGCUGUUUAUCUGUAUGCUCAAAACCCGGUUCAGUCGCCCGCCCCUGCGUUAACCAAGACUUCAUCAACGGAGUCUUUAGUCUCGAGUAAUAAAAGAGCAAACCAGAAAAUAAAUGUUUAAUGUUUGAACGUGAUGUGAUAAGAAUAUAUAUUUUUGAGUCAUUUGUACUUUACGUAACUUGAAAUGGUGAUCUUACUCUAAGUACAUUCUAAGGUAACUUUUACUCACUUUCCUAAUCUCCAGCACCUACAGAUAUGGGCCAUACGUAAUUCAAUUUUUCAUCUCUGUAUCAGGUCAGUUCUGAUAAUUGUUCUUUGAGUUUAGAAGAAAAGAAGUGUGUAUUGCUGCACCAUUUUGAAUCAUAAUGUAGUAAGUCUGACGAUAGAUUCUGACGUACAACAAUUUCUCUAAGCCGGACAUCACACUUGAAAUGUAAUUACUUGCAUUUCAUAUGCAACUUAAAUUAAGCUGUUUAGGAGAGAUACUUUUGACAGUAGCUUGAAAAUGUGCUCCUGAGAGUUGUUAGCGGACCAAAUUUUAUAUUUUUUGUAUUGAUGAUGUUUGUGAUUGUAUGAGAAAAGUCUCAGAGAUGAAUAGUCGUACAAGGCACAAUGUGAGACAGUCUCGCAGCAUAUUGGAUGAAAUCAAUACUGAAUAAUUAUUGGUAUUUUUUUGCCUUAAGGGAGCCUAAAAGAUGUGCAAAAAUUGUGUGAUUAAUCUGCUUUAGUGAGGACAAGAAUGUGUUUCUGCUGAGUGCACUUAAACGAUAGCUACAUUACAUUGCGUUGGAGAUUAAAGAGAGUAAAUGAACACUGCAUUUUAUGCGAUUGUUUUACCAGUUCAAAAUACUUUAAACAGGCUAUUUUAUCAGUUCCUUUUUUGUGUGGUGUAAUCUUCGUUUUUUCAUCAAAAAUAAGGUGUCAAAAUUUUUCUUCGUUUUAUACUUUUUGUAGAAGCAUAGAACUCUGUUCUUCAUCUCUGUAACUCACUGCACCGUUGUUUAUUCCGAGAGAUAACAUAUUUAGUUAAGAAUGUGGUAAGUGAGUAAAGUCUAUGUAGUUCCUCUAAUUUAUAUAAUUCUUGCUUACUUGAAUGUAUUCAUAUCCUUUUCAAUUUUUCAUUAUUUUGAAAGAAAAAUUGAAAUUAAUAUUUUGUCUUAACCCACCUCUCAAGCAAAAUAUUUUGUCAUCACUGAAAUUAUAUUUUUAAAAUAUGCGUAUAUUUUACAAGUUACCAUCAUUAUGUGGGAGAAAAAUUGAAGUAUAUAUUAUUCAUAAACUUUCUCUUAUUUAUUGUACAACCUCUCUACUACUGCACCGCUGUUUUGAGCUUCCUCUUAUCGUCAGGUCCAAAAAAGAACAAAAACAAAUAGGCAAUUAAAAUUUCACUGCAUCAAUCGUGAUAUACUGGUAAUCCGUCCCUCACGGAUGCGUUCACAUUCCUAUUUCACACUUACACGUUCCUACCUACACGAACGUGUCUGUAUGUGUCUGAUAGAUUAUGAGUCCAACAAUUGAUGCACAAAACUAUAAUUAAAUUUUUUUUUUUUGUCUUUUAAUACAUCUGGCAAUGAGUGAAAACUCUAAACACCUAUUGUGUAGUAACAAAGUUCUAUAAUGAAAAAUCAGUAAGAAAAUGUCAAUGCACAACAUGUAAAAGGGCGUGCCAAUAAAGUGAAACAAAGCGACUCAAAAAAUUGAAUCGUUGUUUUGGAAGUCGUGUUAAACAGGGUCCUUUUUCCAUUACUUAUAUUACUUUUAUAAAUUUCAUUCUUUCCUUCUUUUUUCAGCGAAUGUUGACGAUGAAACUACAUAAACGUGUAUUUCAUUAUUUUUUGGCUCCUACUUUAUUUAAUCAUAGGAAAACAAAUCAACUGCACCAGUGCUUGAGUUUUCAUAGAAUAUUUUUUACACAGAGAAGGAAAAUCAGGGUAGUUUUCAAGAAAUGAUAUCGAAUAUUAUUCUGUUCAAAAUAUAAUUUAUGAAAGGAAAUCUGCAAUGUUGCAUAUUGAGAUACAUCUUUUUAAAGUUUCCUCUAACUAACUUCACUUGCAGCCUCUAAGUAAAACUCUUUUUAAGGAAAACAUAUGCUAAAAGCAGUGAACCGUACCUUUGUCUACAGGCCUGGUAGACAUUAUUUUACUCUCCAUGGCUUGUGAGACAUUUUUAUGAAUAAUUUCACUCUUCCUUUUUUUCUACUUUUACUUGAAUGUGUCAUAUAUUUACUCAUUUCUCAUAUCAAUGGCCAGUGUGCAACCAUGUAUCUCCAUAGCAAAGUUUCAAAAUUUUGACUCUAUUUUAUUUUUAAGGAGAAACAAGUUAACUGUCUAGCUUAAAUUUUUUGAAGAAUAUUCUACUAACGGAGGAGAAAAAUCGAGGAAAUUUUCAAGAAAUUAUAAUAACUAGUUUUCCAAAGAAAAAACAAUUUAUGACAGGAAGUCAGCAACGUCGCGCACAGAGACUCGUGAUUUUGCACUCUGACCAUUACUAUGCUACUUAUCAUUACAAAAUGCUCCUUUGUACAAUAUCAGCCAUUUUCAUCCCAAUAAUUCUACUUAUAAUUGUACUCACUUUAAAUAUUGGAAUGUACUUUCUAUUUAUACUGCUACACCUGAUUCUCAUACCUAUUUGUUCACCUCUUUUUUUUUUUUGCAAAAGUAUCUACUCUGAAAACCAGUAUUUAAGAAAUUUUAUUCACCGACUCCCGUUUUUCUUAAAUAGAGGUUUUUUUUGCCAAAUGUAGAAUAGCCUCAAUCAAAAUUUUAUUCGUGUUAAGUUUCACAUUUCUUAAUUUUACUGUUGAAAUUUAUCAUUAAAAUUAGGUUUUUAUGGCUAUCUUUUCGUAAUGCUAUUAUUUUAUGCUCGCCCCGUCCCUCACUCUCCGUAAGAUUAUUAAUUUUCUUCGAUUUAUGUGGGAGAUCUCUAUCUUUUUUCAGAAAUACCAAAAAAAUUCCCAAUGAAGAGACAAUUUUUUUGCAAUUGGAAAUACAAUUUCUAGUUUUGGUAUCUUUUUUUAUAAGGAGUUUCUCUGAAGGUUUUUCCCCAUUUUGUCUUUUCCUUAACAAACUACACUCGCGUAUGACUGACUAGUGUGAUCUCUUUUUGAUGCACUGUCAUUUAGUAGUGAAGUAUCACAGGGAUCAACAAUAUUAGUAGUACCUCUUUUAUGAUAAGCAAGUAGAAUCUGUCUUUUAAGCGCCAAACAAUAUUUCUUAAGAUAUUUUUUAAGAUUAAGAAUCAAGGUGCUGUUAAGUCCAUUGGGACUUUAAAUUCGUCUAAGAUGAGCUAUGAGCUUCUAACCCUCCAAGCACAGUUUUUUGUCUUGUGCAACCACGCAUUGUCAUUAAUUUAUAUGCUUUCCUUUUAUCUUACUUCACUGAAACUUUCCACUAUUUGGUUCUUUCCUACUGAGAUUAUUAUGUUACAUCUCAAGAUUCUUUCUAUCAAAAAUUGUGCUAAACUUUGAUUUUUGCAGUAUAUACUUUUACCCACCCUUAUUUCUUUGUAGAUAUAGCUAUAUCUAAGUUAAUUUGAUGUUGGUCAUUCCUCCCUUAAAUACCAAUGUAUAUAUAUAUCGCAUUAAGUCAAGUAUUAUCAAAUUGUUAAAAUAAUUUCUCUCUUUUUCAUCAUCAACUUCAUUGUUGACUGAUGUAAAUUGCUGUGUUUCGUCCCGCGGUGUUCUUAUCUUCGGAAAAGAAGAUGACAGAGCUCGCUCAUUUUUAUGUUUUUAUUCCUGUUCUUAAUUUUUCAAAUAUUAUUGCCAAUGCUUGUGAAAAAUGUUUGUUGUUUUUUCAUCUAUUAAUGAAAAUAAAUUGGCAUUAAAGCUAUAUUACCUAAAUGUA